UGCCGGCUGCGCUGACGUGUCGUGCCCGACAGGUGCGGGUAAUCCCGCGCUGGGCCGAUCAGGCUCCGCAGCCGAUGACCCUAAUCUCGGCCCGGCCCCGUUAGGCAGCGGCCUUGCCCGUGGCCCCGGUGCGGAGCGGCGUGCGGGGGCCGGCGGACCAGCGCCUGCGAGGGAUUAGCGGGGCGAACCGCUCACCCACCGCUGACCCGGGCGGGAGCCGGGAGGAGGAGGACGAAGCCGCGGCAGGGUCCGCGGAGGCGUCGCGGCCCCAGCCCCCCGGCGAGGCUGCCUCUGCGGCGGACCGGAGCGCUCACUGCGGAACCAGCAUUUGAGAUGCUUCCGUUAACUGGGAAAACAAUAAUAUUUGAUAGCUUUCCUGAUCCUUCGGAUACGUGGGAAAUAAUUGAGACUAUUGGGAAAGGAACGUAUGGAAAAGUUUUCAAGGUAUUAAAUAAGAAAAAUGGCAGCAAAGCAGCAGUCAAAAUCUUGGAUCCUGUUCACGAUAUUGAUGAAGAAAUUGAAGCCGAGUAUAACAUUUUGCAAGCUCUCUCUGAUCAUCCCAAUGUAGUCAAGUUCUACGGCAUGUACUAUAAGAAAGAUGUGAAAAAUGGAGAUCAGCUUUGGCUAGUACUUGAGCUGUGCAAUGGUGGAUCUGUGACUGAUCUUGUGAAAGGAUUUCUGAAGAGAGGUGAAAGGAUGAAUGAACUUAUAAUUGCUUACAUUUUACAUGAAGCUCUGAUGGGCCUUCAGCAUUUGCAUGAAAACAAAACUAUCCACCGUGAUAUUAAGGGAAAUAAUAUCCUCUUGACCACUGAAGGAGGAGUCAAGCUUGUGGAUUUUGGUGUGUCUGCGCAGCUGACCAGCACUCGUCUCCGUCGGAACACAUCCGUGGGCACCCCUUUCUGGAUGGCUCCAGAGGUGAUUGCCUGUGAGCAGCAGCUAGAUAGCUCCUAUGAUGCCAGGUGUGAUGCAUGGUCACUGGGUAUUACUGCGAUAGAGUUGGGAGAUGGAGAUCCACCCCUUGCUGAUUUGCACCCUAUGAGGGCACUCUUCAAAAUACCAAGGAAUCCACCUCCAACAUUACAGCAGCCUGAGCUGUGGUCAUCUGAAUUCAAUGACUUCAUUAAUAAGUGCUUGACUAAAGAUUAUGAGAAGCGCCCAACAGUAUCUAGUCUUUUGCAGCAUGAUUUUAUUAAGCAAAUUGAAGGAAAGGAAAACAUGUUACAAAGGCAACUCAUGGAGUUUAUUGAUGUUCAUCAACAAAUGGGAGUCACUGAAAAGGCAAGAUUUGAACGUAUUCAUACAAAGAAAGGGAACUACAGUAAGUCACUAGUUUCAAACCAGGAAGAGGUAGAUGAUUUAGCAACCUUGGAAGUACUGGAUGAGAAUACAGUAACGGAGCAGUUGCAGAAGGGUUAUGCCAAGGAUCAGAUCUAUACAUAUGUAGGGGACAUCCUCAUCGCUGUCAAUCCAUUUCGGAACAUAGACAUCUAUUCUUCACAGCAUUCCAAACUCUAUAUUGGAGCCAAACGGACUGCCAACCCUCCUCAUAUUUUUGCUGUUGCUGAUAUAGGAUAUCAGUCCAUGGUGACAUACAACUCGGAUCAGUGUAUCGUUAUUUCUGGAGAAAGUGGAGCUGGCAAGACGCAAAGUGCCCAUCUUCUGGUUCAGCAGCUCACUGUCCUGGGCAAGGCUAAUAACAGGACUCUACAGGAGAAGAUCCUGCAAGUGAAUAACCUGGUAGAAGCAUUUGGAAACGCAGGCACUAUCAUCAAUGAUAAUUCCAGCAGAUUUGGAAAGUAUUUGGAAAUGAAAUUUACUUGUGGUGGCACUGUAGUAGGAGCUCAGAUUUCAGAGUAUCUCCUUGAAAAGUCCAGAGUUGUCCACCAGGCAGUAGGAGAGAAAAAUUUCCAUAUAUUUUAUUAUAUUUAUGCUGGUCUCGCAGAAAAGAAAAAAUUGGCACAUUAUAAAUUGCCAGAAUAUAGACCUCCCAGAUAUCUGCAAAAUGAUCAUUUCAGAAUAGUGCAAGAUUUUAUGAACAAUAGCUUUUAUAAGUCCCAGUUCGAGUUAAUUGAACAGUGCUUCAAAGUCAUAGGUUUUACACUGGAGGAACUUGGAAGUGUGUACAGUGUUCUGGCUGCCAUUUUAAAUGUGGGUAACAUUGAAUUUUCUGCAGUGGUAUCUGAACAUAUGAUUGACAAGAGCAACAUUUCCAAUCCAGUAGCCCUUGAGAAUUGUGCUUCCUUGCUGUGCAUUCAGGCGGAUGAACUGCAGGAGGCCCUCACCUCUCAUUGCGUAGUGACUCGAGGAGAAACGAUUAUUCGUCCCAACACUGUGGAAAAAGCAACCGAUGUCCGAGAUGCCAUGGCCAAAGCGCUAUAUGGGCGUCUCUUUAGUUGGAUAGUCAAUCGCAUCAAUACUUUACUCAAGCCUGACAAACAUUUAAGUGGGAAUGAUGAUGGUUUGAACAUUGGAAUUCUUGAUAUUUUUGGCUUUGAGAAUUUCAAAAAAAAUUCUUUUGAACAACUCUGCAUCAACAUUGCCAAUGAACAGAUUCAGUUCUACUUCAAUCAACAUGUCUUUGCUUGGGAACAGAAUGAGUAUCUAUAUGAAGGUGUUGAUGCAAGAGUUAUAGAAUAUGAGGACAACAGGCCUCUCUUAGAUAUGUUCCUGCAGAAACCAAUGGGUUUAUUGUCCCUGCUGGAUGAGGAAAGUCGAUUCCCACAAGCAACAGAUCAGACACUUGUAGAAAAAUUUGAAGAUAAUUUGAAGUCAAAAUAUUUUUGGAGACCCAAAAGAGUAGAUCUAACCUUUGGGAUUUAUCAUUAUGCAGGAAAGGUUCUGUAUAAUGCAAGUGGAUUCCUAGCCAAAAAUAGAGAUACCCUGCCAGCUGAUAUUGUGCUGCUACUCCGAUCAUCUGAAAACAAUCUGAUACGACAGUUAGUAACCCAUCCUCUUACAAAAACAGAAUCUAUACAGAAUGGAGCCCCUGCCAUCUCAAGCUGCAGGGGAGGGAUUGGUCUGGUCAAGUGCAAAGGAAGUGGUAGAGGCUCCUUUCAGGGUCCCCUCUUCAUGGUAGGGGAGCGGGACAGGGAGUGGAGUGCAUCACUUGAGUUGAGGAUUGGACAGAAAGGCUCAGGUAACCUGGCACACACUAAAAGCAAAACUACAAUCAGUUACCAGAUGUGGACCCCACAGAAAUCAAUCAGUCGUACUAAGAAUGAAACUGGAGAUACCGGACAUCAUCCAAGAGAGACAACCAGUAUGAGAACACAGACAGUCGCUUCUUAUUUUAGAUAUUCUCUGAUGGACUUGUUAUCCAAAAUGGUCGUCGGCCAGCCUCAUUUCGUCAGGUGCAUCAAGCCAAACAACGACCGACAGGCAAACAAGUUUGAUAAAGAAAAAGUGUUGGUUCAGCUGCGUUACACAGGAAUUCUGGAGACAGCAAGAAUUCGAAGACAGGGUUAUUCACACCGUAUACUCUUCGCUAACUUCAUAAAACGGUAUUACCUUAUCUGUUACAAAACAAAUGAUGAUCCUCCAGUCAGCCCAGAAACCUGUGCUGCCAUCUUGGAAAAAGCUCGCCUUGACAACUGGGUUCUUGGAAAAACUAAAGUAUUCCUCAAAUACUAUCACGUGGAGCAGCUGAAUUUAAUGCGAAAGGAGACAGUGGACAUGAUUAUUUUGAUUCAAGCUUAUGUCAGAGGGUGGCUGGGUUCAAGGAGAUACAAAAAGCUAAAGGAACAAAGGGAACAAAGUGCUAUUAAAAUACAGUCAGCUUACAGGGGUUUUGUUGCUCGUAAAGAAUACGCAAAUGCAAAAAGUAACCAAAAAAUGGAAAAAUGUAUUACUAGACUUCAAGCAAUUGCCAGAGGAUACUUACUCAGGAAGAAGAGAAAAGAACUAACUGAGUCAAGGAACAAAGCAGCAACAACAAUUCAGUCUCACUACAGGGGAUAUAAGGAGAGGAAGAGCUUCAAAAGGAGAAGGGAAUCACUUAAAGAGACAGAACAAACUGAGACCGCAACUUCCGUUAAUGAAAAGGAGAAGAGUGCCGAACUUCAAAACAAUGAGGAAACCGUAGCUGGAGUGAAGAACAACCUUCCUCACACUGAAGAAGAGGCAGCUGUCAUUGUUCAGAGCAAUUAUAGAGGCUAUAGAGCCCGUAAGAAAAUAAAAGAAGAGCGCCAGAAACUAGUGGAGGAAGAGUUACCUGCUAUGGAAUACUUUGAAGCAGAAAUGAAGCCAGCUGAAAACAUUACAUUGGAAGAAGCAGCAAACAAGGAGAGCCAAGAUGAAGUUGACACUGUUACUGACAGUGAGUGUACUGGCUUCAGGGACAGAAGGAACACACAGGAACAAAAGAAAGCAUCUACUAAAGGAGAGAGAGAUUCCCUGAAGCAGAACACUGCAAAACAGCAAGUUGGUGAAGAUGAAGAACAGGUCUUUUUGGAGCAGUUACCUAACAAAUCUUCUGUCAAAAUCACAGCUGAACCUGAUCACCAGCAAGAGCAAACUAAUCAAGACACAGUCAAAGCAGAUGAGCAAAGUCAGGUGUGUGCUAUGGUGCAACCCAAGAGUGACAGGUAUCUGGAGAGAAACCAUCUGAAACACGAAGUGAUGAUGUCUACUGGAUAUAAAGGAAUUACAAGAAGAGAGUCAAUAAGAGGUUCACGGAAGCAAGUUGUAGUAGAAAAACAAAAUUCAGAAGAUAGAGAGAAGGCAGCAGUGGUUAUUCAGAGCAAUUACCGGGGUUACAGAAGAAGAGGACAACUCAGAAAAGAGGGAAAAUUACCUUGCAAAAAUCAAGAGAAAACUAUAAAGGAGUCAAGAGAAGCAGCACGUGUUCAAAAUAAUGAUCUUAAAACAACAAAAAAUAAGGAAAACACUGGUACACAGGCUGAGGACUGUAAGACUCUUAAGGAAGGCUCAGAGAAAGAGGCUUGUGAUUUGGCAGCCUUCUCACGGCAGAUAUCAAAGUUAUCUGAAGACUACUUAGCAUUGCAGCAAAAAUUAAAUGAAAUGAUAUUGUCACAUCAGCUGAGACCCGUGAUGCUGUCCAAAGAUAAGCAAACUAAUGGCCGACUUUCUUCUCAUGUUUGUCAAUCAGUUGCGUCCAAGGUAGAGGACUCUCACCCAAAGCAGAGACCCCCGAGGAGGCCGCGGAAGCCCAAGACGUUAAAUAAUCCAGAAGAUUCCACCUACUACACUCUAAUACAUAAAUCAAUACAAGAUGAAAAACGGAAACCAAGGAAAGACAGUCUGGGCAAAGUGCUAGAUUUAGAUGUCUAUUACCAAGAAAUUUCAUCUAUUGAUUCCACCUCAAAGGACAGCAGUUCUACCACAAAAAAGAAGAGACAACCAGCUGAGCGCAGGACUUUGAAUUUAAGAGCUACUGAACGGUCAAGGGUUGCAGAAAGCCCUCUGGAAGAGAGUAAAACCGAAGAUAAUCCCUAUGACUACAGAAAACUGCUGCGGAAGACCUCACAGCGCCGGCGCCUUAUCCAGCAGUUCUAGCUGCUGCUGCUGCUGCUGCUGCUGCUGCUGUUGCUGCUGCCAUUUGGCUUUUAUUAGCAUAAUCUUUUUUAUGAUUUUAUACCACGUGCUUCCUUUUUUUUUUAAUCUCCAAUGUUUCAAGUUUACAACGUAUGUGUUCAUGUGAAUAUGAACUAUUGUAGUUUACAGCCCAAAACCAUUGCAAAGGGACACUGUCAGUCACAAAUCAGAUACUUAAAAAAGCCCUAAUAUAAAAAUCCGGGUUUCUUUCUGUUAUCACUACUACAUCUUAAAAUUAUUAAACAUGAAGCAGCUUAAAUAUACUUCACUUUCCUCAAUGCAUAUUUCUUUCCUUUUUACAUUUUGUCAGUCCUAAUCAAUUAAAAUAGAUCAUUCAGUUUACAGUUUCCCAGUUAAGCUUUCAAAUUCCCAUACACACCUUCAGAAAACCUCAGUUAUUAUUUCUAAAAAAGUGUUUCACAGGAAAAAAAGUACAAGAAUUCCAUGGAGAAAUUUCUGUUCAUUUCAGGUUUAUGAUGCCUAAAUUUGGGGAUAAACUGUAUGUGGCAAGUGUCCCUUUAAUCAAAACAAAAAUACGUGAUUAAUUGGAUAGCAUAUUAUAGCAGUUUAUUUCUUUAUUGACUUUACCAUAAAGCUAAUAGGCGGUUUUAAAGGUCAAUAAUGUGUGUAUAAUAUUUAUGUUGGAGAUGUCCAUGUAUAGGAAGUAUAUCCCAUCCUCUCUUCUGCCCCAAGCUUUGUGACUAAAUGAUGAACUUCUAAAUCAUGUUUGCUUUGUUCUCCUUUGUGUUAGAUUUUUAGGAAUCUUAAUCUCUGGGAUGCCAAGAAAGGACUGGGAAAACGCUCUGUGGUCGAUUGCUGCCUCAGUGUAAUGAUCAUUCUUAAUUAGUUCCACUAGAAAUUCAGUGGAAACAAAGGUAGUAGCCACCAUGUUCAAAAUUUCCCCCAACUCUUAAUUCAGAAAACCUUAUUUCCCAGCAACAACACAGAUAAUUGGUGUGUUUCCUUUUAGGAUUCAUAAUUGCAUGUUCCCAGCUGCAAAACAAGAGAAGGCAAAUUUCAUCAAGCCUGUAUAAAGGCCUGAUCCUGCUUCCUUGC